AUGAAGACUUUUACGCUGAUCUCGAUUGCUCUGAGCUUGCCCGGAGCAACUGCUGUUUCCGGUCUCAAUCCCGAUGAUCUCACAUUCGCAGGUGUGCAACGAGCACUCCCCGAUGCGCCCGACGGGUACGUACCGACAGCAGUCAGCUGCCCAGCAAGCCGGCCGACGAUUCGCAGCGCAGCACAGCUGUCUUCGAAUGAGAUCUCAUGGCUAGAAGUCCGCCGUGGCAAAAGCUUGUCGGCGAUGAAGGAUUUCUUCGGGCAUGUGAAAGUCGGCGAUUAUGAUGUCGUUGGCUACCUCGAUAAACACUCUGAUGUCUCGUCAAAUUUGCCCAACAUCGGCAUUGCCUUUUCAGGUGGCGGAUGGCGUGCGUUGAUGAACGGUGCUGGUGCGGUCAAGGCUUUCGAUAACCGGACGUACAAUUCGUCAGCGAUUGGUCAUUUGGGUGGUCUGCUGCAGUCUGCUACCUAUAUUGCUGGUCUGAGUGGAGGCAGCUGGUUGUUGGGUUCAAUCUACAUCAAUAAUUUCACUACUAUCGAAAAGUUGCAGACACACUCGGAAGGUGCUGUCUGGCAGUUUGGGAAUUCGAUCUUCGAGGGCCCUGACACUGGUGGCGUCCAGCUUUUUGAUACUGUCGGUUACUACAAGGAUCUUGCUGAAGCUGUUGAGGCAAAGAAGAACGCUGGCUUUGAACUUUCUCUUACUGAUAUGUGGGGCCGCGCACUCAGCCAUCAAAUGUUCAAUGCUACUAAUGGUGGAAUCAGCUAUACCUGGUCUUCCAUUGCAGACACCCCCGACUUCCAGGAGGGGAACUACCCCUUGCCGUUUGUUGUUGCAGAUGGUCGUAGCCCCAAUGAACUGGUCAUUGGCAGCAACUCGACUAUCUAUGAGUUCAACCCGUGGGAGUUUGGAACUUUUGACCCUACCAUCUUUGGUUUCGUUCCACUCAAGUACCUGGGCUCUAAGUUCGAGGGUGGCUCGCUUCCAAGUAACGAGAGCUGCAUCAGUGGUUUCGACAGUGCCGGAUUUGUGAUCGGAACCUCAUCCACACUCUUCAACCAGUUCCUUCUUCAGAUCAAUACCACUUCGCUCCCCAACUUCGUAAAGAACGUUUUCACCGACCUCUUGUCCGAUUUCGACAGAGCGCAAGACGAUAUUGCCUCUUACGAUCCCAACCCCUUCUAUAAAUACAAUGAACACUCGUCGCCAUACGCCACGCAAGAAGUGUUAGACGUCGUCGAUGGCGGCGAGGAUGGACAAAACGUCCCUUUGUAUCCUCUUAUCCAGCCUGACCGCCAUGUCGAUGUCAUCUUCGCUGUCGACUCGUCAGCCGACACUGACUAUUAUUGGCCAAACGGCACCUCCCUGGUUGCCACCUAUGAGCGCAGCCUGAACAUCAGCGGUAUCGGCAACGGCACCGCCUUCCCUGCGGUUCCAGACCAGAACACCUUCGUCAACCUGGGUCUUAACACCCGCCCAUCUUUCUUUGGCUGUGAUAGUAAAAACCAGACCGGGCCCACGCCUAUCGUGGUGUACAUCCCCAAUGCCCCUUACUCCUUCCAGUCCAACAUCUCAACUUUCCAAUUCAGCACCAACGACGCUGAGCGUGACAAGAUCAUUCUCAAUGGCUACGAGGUUGCCACUAUGGCCAACAGUACCGUCGAUGGCAACUGGGCAUCCUGUGUUGGCUGUGCAAUCCUCAGCCGCUCGUUCGAGCGCACGGGCACUGCUCUGCCUGAUAUCUGCAACCAGUGUUUCGACCGGUACUGCUGGAACGGCACUGUGAAUUCCACCAGACCGAACUCUUACGAUCCACCUUAUUACCUGGCUGAGAGUACGGCCUCGGUGAGUUUGCCCACUGUGCUCUCCACGGUUGUCGCAGCCAGUCUGGCAAUGCUCAUCCUGGUAUAG